CAAAACCUGCUCUUUUGGCGUUAUGUGAAACGCCUACCAACCCCCCUUCUCGUUCCGCCUCGUAGUGCGGCCGUGUCAAUCCCAUGGCGGAAUCAACAACCAGCAGCGCCGUCCGCAGCACAGGCGGCCGCUCGUCGAGGAACGCCGUCGUCCUCCUCCUCCUCCUCGUCUCUGCCAUCCCCCUAGCAAUCAUCGUCUCCCUGGAGCGCUCCGCCGCGGGGUUCACUUACCAAACACGCGACUGGUUCCGGGAGUGCGCCAAGUGGGACCCCGACGGCCUCCGCUUCCUCGCGUCCACCUUCCUAGGUGGCGGCGUUGUCCAGAUCCCCGCAGGUGACGCCGCCUCCGGCGCCCUGGUGGAGCGGGCGGCAGUUUCCGACCCCGACGUCGCGGGGAACGCGUCGCUGGGGAUCGCGGUCGACCGAAGUCGGGGCAGGUUGCUGGUGGUGUACGCCGAUCUAUGGGGGUUCCGCUCGUCCGCCGUCGCCGCCUACGACCUCGGCUCGUGGGCACGCCUCUUCCUCACCCGGCUCAGUGAACCAGGAGAUGAAGCUUCAUUUGCUGAUGAUGUAGCAGUAGACGAGGACGGGAACGCAUAUAUCACAGAUGCAAUGGCAAACAAAAUAUGGAAGGUGGGGUUGAAUGGUGAAUUGGUAUCCAUUAUUAGAAGCAACUUUUUCAUCCAGAGGAAGGAAUGGUACUAUAAUUUUGUUGGUCUGAACGGUAUCGUGCACCAUCCUGAUGGCUAUCUGCUGGUCAUUCACACUGCUAGCGGUCAUCUCUUCAAGGUUAACACGGCGAAUGAAGAAGUCACAGUGGUUAGAGUUCGAGGGUCAUUGCUGAUGGGGGAUGGUAUGGAGUUGGUUUCACCAACUAAGCUGGUCAUCGCUGGUACACCCUCUGCAAGGUUGGUGGAAAGCUUUGAUGGUUGGGAGACGGCCAAUGUCACAGGGCGGUACAUUGGACCCAUGCACCGAGUCGCCUCAUCAGCUACUGUCAAGGAUGGAAGGGUAUAUCUUAACCAUAUCGUAGGAGCAGGAAUAACGAAGAGGUCUCAUGUCAUCGUUGAGGCAAUUUUCUAACCUCAUCAGUUACUGCUUAAAACCUUCGUGAGGAAGCCCUUGUUAGAGCCAUGUUGUUAUGGUGUUACACCCCAAACCUGUGAUGAUUACGUUGGGAAAGAACAUACAAACACUCGUUCUGUCACCACAUUGAGUACUUCUUCCAUCACCUAAUCCCGGAGUUACUUCGUCAGAUUGGAUGAACUUUAUGUUAUCAUAUAAUUUAUGUUGUUUCUUGCUUCA